AUGCGUGAUAUGAGCGUCGGUUUGCUCAAUUCAACAAACAGUUAUUGGACAGCAUUUUAUUAUCGAGGCGCAGAGGAUUCAAGGAGACAGGAUUGUCGUGCACGGGAUGCAGUGCUUCAUGCAAAAUACUAUCCUUACACAACAUCUAUUUAUAAUCCACUCUGGUCGUCACAUCAGUCUGGGCUUGCAGAUUGCGCUAGAAAUAGUUGUGUCUACAUUUAUGCUAAUUUUUCGGAUCAAAUCAACUAUGGUUGGAAAAUGGGAAACUGUUCGACAAAGUAUCGAACAAUCUGCGAAACGUUUGCUUGUUUAGAAGAUUAUCAAUUUCGAUGCGAAGAUAAUAGUAAGUGUUAUCCACGAAAGGGUCGAUGUGACGGAAUACAAGAAUGUAGUGAUAAUUCUGAUGAAGCAAGUUGUUCAAAGAGGCGUGUUGGCUGCGGUAAAACACUAUUUGAAGAAGCAGCAAAUGAAAUAAACUUUGAAAUGAGUUCCGCUGAAUAUGCUAUAUGUCAGUGGAUCAUCCGACAACCUGUUGACAGCAAAAUCGUCCUUACGCUAGUUAAUGUCACCAUUAGAGAUGGUGAUGAACUGAUCAUUACUGGAAUCCAAAACAGUACCAUGAACUCACAAAUGUUAUUGAAUAUGUCGAUAGCAAAAACACAAUAUAUUUCCAUUGGUAACACGGUAAUAAUCAAUUUCCGCUCUCAGAAGACUGUUCCAGCGGUUGUUAAAAUGCGUAAUGUCAUUCUAAAGUUCUCAUACGCCACGCGAGGAAUAUACUGUUUUUUGCCGAUAAUUGCUCAUGGCUCGGUGAUAAAUGUAACAGGUUUUGAAAUGGGCAGUGAGCUUUACUUUGAAUGUCAUUUGGGCUACCAGAUACCGUCUGGACAGUUUUUUUUAUCACGUUGUUACAAUGGUAAUUGGACACCGAAACCGAAGUGCCAGAUUUUGAGCUGUGGUUCGGCAAGUGUAGUGUACAAUGAUGCAAUUCUUACUGGUUAUACUAGAAAUGUAACGUUAUACAGUAGAGCACUUUAUUCAUGUGAAUCUGGUUUGUACUUAAAUGGCAACUCUCCACCGUUUCGGCUAUGUACCGAGAGUGGAACAUGGACCAAUCCCGAUUUUUCCUGUCAGGCAACUCGUUGUCAUGCUACUUCAUUCGCAUAUGGACACUUCUUGGAUCAAUUUUAUGCAAAUGGUACGGCUGGAAAAUAUGUAUGCGAUGAAGGAUUUUAUCAAAAAGAUUCUGAUCCAAUGUGCAUAUUUGGUAGUUGGAAAGGCACACCUUAUUGUUAUCAUAUCGAUGAGUGUUCCACACCAGGCUACUCUCUUUGCGAAUUUACAUGUGUAAACACAAUGGGUUCUUACGAAUGUAAAUGUCCUGAUACUCAUAGGCUUUAUACUGGUACAAACAGCUUGAACAAUCUUAUCACUAAUACUGAAUUUCUGAUCCCAAAUAGAACAUGUAUUGAGAGGCGAUGUCCUGCACCUGAGAUUCCGCCAAACGUUAUCCCUUAUCCGUUAUAUAUGGAUACCUUCCCAUAUCAAAAUGGGCUCUUCCAAAUCGGUACAGUUGUGUAUUUUGCUUGCAAUCAUCCUGCAUAUAAUUAUACGACCCUUGUUUGCGAUAAGACCGAAUCAUGGAUAGUGUUAAAUGAUUGCUUAGGUGUAACUUGCAAGCCGCUAGAAAUUACAAAGGAAAAUCUAAUGAUUUGGCCUAUUAAAAAGAGCUACAAAUUUAAUGAUAAAAUUCAUUUUUUCUGCGACGAAUUUUAUCAGUUGAACGGUCCAUCUUCAUCAUAUUGUAUUGGUGUUGACAAGUGGUCCUUAUCGAAAUUACCAGAUUGUGUCGUAAGGCAGUGUCCCGGCUUGCAACUUGAUGACUAUGAAACCAUUCCUGUAAGUAAUAACAAAGACAAUGCCGCGGAUAAUUUGGAAAUAUUAUUUGAGUCAGCUACGCAUAUUACAGAUACACCUGGAUACAGUUUAUUCAUCAAAUGUAAAAAUGGUGCUAAAUUUGCAAAUGGCCAGACGGAAAUUUUUUUGUUUUGCAUGCAGAAUUACACCUGGAACUUGAAUAGUAUUCCCGCAUGUAUCCAUGAAAAAGAUAUCCAAAGAAUUCAAUCUGAUGAUAGCGCUGCGGUGACCAAAGGUUACUCUAAAAAUUGUAUCAGAAAUACUGUAAGUGAUUUGCAUGUUGCCGUGAAUACAUCUGCAAUGUUGUGGUGCUUUCUUAGUGCUAAAUGCACUAAUAUUACUUCAAUCAAUUGGUGUCGUGAUGAUCACCAAAACAUAAAUGGUGUAUCUUUAGAAGGUGGAAACGGCAGUUUUGGAUUGUUUUUUGAAAGCGUCAAGAUAAUUGAUGAUGGCAGGUAUUAUUGCAUUAUACUAGGCAAGAAUGAAGAACUGCUGGAAAAACAUCCAGUAGAUCUUUACGUUUACCAAACUUUUGAAACUGGUCGCAGUUGGCCUGGUAUUGUUCAAAACAGUGAAUUGGUUAAAGAAAAUACAAAUAUAGCAAAUCACCCUUCGGCUUAUUUGAAUAUGUCAGAUAUCGAUUUGAUAGAUCAUAGACUUAACUUGUUUCAAAAAGAAAUCUGCACGCAGCAUUCAAACUUGUUUCUUGGAAUUCGAAGUGAUUCCAACAGCGCGACACUGGAAAGCGUAAAGAUUUAUGCCAUAAAAUGUCCAGAGGUACGAGUGAGCUUUGCAUUGUUCCCACAAACAGCUGCUGUUGAAGAUGGUAGCAUUGUUUUUGGACGAUGUUUGCACGGUGCGCAUACCAACGUUCAAGGUCAGGAUCCACAGCUCUUCUGUACACGGCAUGGAAAAUGGAUUUAUAAUGCACGAAGUGCAAACUUAUGUUUUUGCAGCAUAAAUUACACAUCGGAAAAUGAUGCAUGCGUGGAACGAGGUAAAGAAGCUAUCAGUCAAAACUGA